GAGGACACAAGCAAAGCACUAGAUUGGGCGUGAUAGUACCCAGGUUCUAGCUCCAGUUCUGUUCAAAUUCUCCAGGAAUCCUGGGGUACUUCCUUCCUUGACUCUGGGCCUUCACACUUAUAAACUGAGGCCUUUGGACCACAUGGUCCAGCUCUAGUUCUGAGGCUACAAUUCAGUGGAAUUUGGAAACACCAUUUCACCUGCAGGAUUUUAUUUUAAGCAAACGGGAAAUAUUUUUACAAUGUAAAAUGCAUGUGACUCUACAGCCUGAUGGGCCUACCAAACCCACAGACUUAGGGCCACAGUUGGAAAGAACUCAAGUCCCUGUUCCAACCAAGAGAAAAUUCUAAACUCAUCAAGUAUCAUCCUCCAUGGUGAAUGUGUAAAAGUCAGUACUACAAAGGAACUGCGUUAUCGAGAUGAUUCUCUCCCUGUUUAUAACCAUAAAAUAUUUGCACUGAAAGAGUUCUUAACAAGCAUGGAGGCCCAGAGAGGUUAAGCAACUUGCCCAAGACACACAGGCAGCAGGAGGGAAUCAGGACCAAAAUGUAUGUCUCCUCACUCCCAGCCUGGUCAGGACUCCUGCACGUGCCCUUCAGAGUUAGACAGUUUCACCUUUAGAAUUUUUCUUUCCGGGACUUCCCUGGUGGUCCGGUGGUUAAGAAUCCGCCUUCCAACGCAGAGGACAUGGGUUCGAUCCCUGGUCGGGGAACUAAGAGCCCACAUGCCACAGGGCAACUAAGCCUGCGCACCACAGCGAAAGAUCCCACAUGCCGCAACGAAGAUCCCACGUGCUACAACUAAGACCCGACACAGCCAAAUAAAUAAAUAAAUUUUUUAAAAAAAGAAUUUUUCUUUCCAUAUUCACCAGUACCCUUCACGGGGAAUGGAAAUGUUACUUUUUAUUUUUUAGAGUUAAUCUUGUUGAAAUCCACUAGAGAAAUGAAUAUUGAUGAAAAAUUCACAGUUGCCUAAUCUUAGGACAGUUUCACAACAGAAAUGAUGAAGGUCUUUGUUCCAAGCUGUCCCUGCCUCAUCACCGGAAGCAGAGGAACCAGGAGACAAGAGAAGGAAAGGGGAUCCCAGGAGUUCUCAGGCCCAAGCAGGAGCAGCCUCAGCCGCAGAUGUGUGUGCUGAUUUCUAAGUCUGAAUCAGAACAGGGUCCUGGCCUGCUGAUGGAGCUUGGGCCUAUGGAAAACAAGCUGGUCUUGGAAUAAAAAACGAACCCAGAGUUAUGGCCACAGAAGAUGUAAUUAUCUCCUUCUGGGAUAAAGAAAUCUUCCAGCUACGAGGGAGAACCAAGAAGCCAGAACGUCCUGCUCAAGACGGCAGCAAGGCCACCACAGAAGGCUGUCCACAUUGUUCGCUGCACAAGGUGUUAAUGGAGGAGCCCAAGGCCUCAGCCCAGUGAGGGUUGCUGUUUAAACACUGGCUGAUCUACCAGGGAUUUCAGAUGUUCACUGGACACUCUAAGCUGUUGACCCGGUCACAGACACCACAUCCAAAGAAUGAGGACCCUUGGAGGGCUGCCAAAAUGAUCAAGGGCUACAUGCAGCAACACAACAUCCCCCAGAGGGAAGUGGUCGAUGUCACUGGCCUGAACCAGUCACACCUCUCCCAGCAUCUCAACAAGGGCACCCCUAUGAAGACCCAGAAGCGCGCCGCCCUGUACACCUGGUACGUCCGAAAGCAGCGGGAGAUCCUCCGACAAUUCAACCAGACAGUCCAGAGUUCUGGAAAUUUGACAGACAAAAGCAGUCAGGAUCAGCUGCUGUUUCUCUUUCCAGAGUUCAGUCAACAGAGCCAGGGGCCUGGGCAGUCCGAUGAUGCCUGCUCUGAGCCCACCAACAAGAAGAUGCGUCGCAACCGGUUCAAAUGGGGGCCCGCGUCCCAGCAAAUCUUGUACCAGGCCUACGACCGGCAAAAGAACCCCAGCAAGGAAGAGAGGGAGGCCUUAGUGGAGGAGUGCAACAGGGCGGAAUGCUUGCAGCGAGGUGUCUCCCCCUCCAAGGCCCACGGCCUGGGCUCCAACCUGGUCACUGAGGUCCGCGUCUACAACUGGUUCGCGAACCGCAGGAAGGAGGAGGCAUUCCGGCAGAAGCUGGCCAUGGACGCCUACAGCUCCAGCCAGACGCACGGCCUGAACCCACUGCUCUCCCACGGCUCCCCCCCGCACCAGCCCAGCACCUCCCCUCCCAACAAGCUGCCAGGAGUGCGCUACAGCCAGCAGGGAAACAAUGAGGUCACUUCCUCCUCAACAAUCAGUCACCAUGGCAACAGCGCCAUGGUGACUAGCCAGUCUGUUUUACAGCAAGUCUCUCCAGCCAGCCUGGACCCGGGCCACAAUCUCCUCUCACCUGAUGGUAAAAUGCAGAUCUCGGUCUCAGGAGGAGGUUUGCCCCCAGUCAGCACCUUGACGAAUAUCCACAGCCUGUCCCACCACAAUCCCCAGCAAUCUCAAAACCUCAUCAUGACCCCCCUCUCUGGAGUCAUGGCCAUUGCACAAAGCCUCAACUCCUCCCAAGCUCAGAGCGUCCCUGUCAUCAACAGUGUGGCCGGCAGCCUGGCAGCCCUGCAGCCCGUCCAGUUCUCCCAGCAGCUGCACAGCUCUCACCAGCAGCCCCUCAUGCAGCAGAGCCCGGGCAGCCACAUGGCCCAGCAGCCCUUCAUGGCAGCUGUGACGCAGCUGCAGAACUCACACAUGUAUGCACACAAGCAGGAACCCCCCCAGUAUUCCCACACCUCCCGGUUUCCAUCUGCAAUGGUGGUCACAGAUACCAGCAGCAUCAGUACGCUCACCAACAUGUCUUCCAGUAAACAGUGUCCUCUCCAAGCCUGGUGAUGCCCACACGUCACUUACUUUGUGCACAGAAACAAGGACCCUAUUUUCCACACCAUCACCCUCCAGGCAGCUGUCGCGGGAAAAGCGCAGUGACCUGACAAGCAGCACCUGUGAGAGGUCCCUGCUCACCUGACGUCCUGCCAGCACCUCGGACAAUCCUCUCUGAGAGGCGCGGCCCGGAGCCCAGCUUCCCUUCUAUGCAGUAUUGUCACGAUGCCUCUCCCAAGACGUCAAGCUCUCCCGUCUGGUCUGUCCUAAAGGCGGGAGAUGAGAAACCGAGGAAGAGGAAGAGAGAAAAGCCGGAGCGUCUACAUUAUGCUCCUUCAUCGAACAAACUGAUGUGAAAACUUGAAUCUGUUACUGAAAUGAGGCGAGGAGGACACGUGCUAUUGAACUGAGCCAAACACACUGUAAAUAUCAGCCACCUCCCUCCCCCACCCCCCAUCCCGGCUGAUCUGGAGAUUUCUUUUAAAGAAGUAAAUUUGUCCAAUGGGUGUAAACUAUAAACUGCUGUAAUUAAGUGCAAUUUCCCCUCUACUUCCUCUCCCCUCUGCCCUGUAUAUAAUACUAAAGUGCCUAUCAGUUUCUUCGUAAAGGUCAGAGUUGAAUUGUCAAAGUGAUUUGCCCCCUCUGUCUUCCCCCACGGAGAAAUAUCUAAGGUGGAAGUGAAGCCCCUGCCCGCUUCCUCGGGCCCGGGCACACACAGGGACUGUGUAUUUUGGACUGUCUGCUAGCUCACUCCAAUCUCCUGAUGUUAAGACACACCUCUGGAUCACCUGGAAGGGCUGAACAUAGUGUCAGAGUAAUGUCCUCGCUUCCGGUGGGGUUGGGGGAUCAGCCAGUACCUCCCCAGGAAACCCCAAGACAGGGACACUGGCUGUUUGAUAGCACAAGGAAAAGUUGCCCUUUACGAAAACCUCCCAUUAAAACAGUUUAUUUUGUCACUGC